UCACCGUGUGAGGUACCAUGAAUUCGAAAAGAGUCGAGUUUCAAGAAAAAGCAAGACAUGUCUCAGAUGCGCAGUCUCGUUAACGUUGGUUGGUUGUAUGUACAUGUAUGUACACCUAUGUUACCCCAACUGCUAGUGAACGAGCCAAAUCGCAGCCCCGCCACCCGAGGAAUUUACACCCCGCGGGGCGCACUAAAUCCGCACCUCAACUUUUUUUUGUAGUCAAGCUCACUUACCAGAGGUGUUGUAACGACUGAACAACUUUGCUCUCACCCCAUGGAGUGCUGCUGACAGGCACAUACUGGGGAGAUGUCUGGGAUAGGACCACUGAUCGCUCUAGACCCUUGAACUGUUUUUGGUUCUCGUAACGCAUAGUCGCUCUUUCCUCACCACCAGUACCUCACACAUCGACCUGCAUAGUACCUGCCUCUUGAAAUCGCACCACGCCAAGAGGAGGAAGAAGCCAAAGCUAUAGACAUCAUGCCGACCGCGUUCCCUUCAACACUCUACUAUCAGACGCUCGGACUCGAUCCUCCAUUCCUCGCUGUUCACUCCUCUCGCACGCAGCGGCCCUCGGACGCAGACAUUAAGAUCGCCUACCGCAAUGCCCUUCUACGGGCCCAUCCGGACAAGAAUCGCGAAGACGCGCAGAACGUGGGCGGACACAAGGGCAGCGAUGGUGUUUCCAGGCCUACGGCCCCGACGAAACAGGGAGCGGGCUACACGGUCGACGACGUCCUCGAGGCGUACCGCGUGUUGAGCGUCAAGGCGUCUAGGGACGAGUACGACCGAUAUCUAUCCUCUGCUUCCAACUCGUUGACCACGAACGGGGCAACGACCGGCGGCGGUGGUGUCGAGGGCAACGACAAGAAAAGAGACGAUUUCAUCCUCGGGCUGGAGGUCCUUGAUCUCGGUGAAGACUUCGAGGAGGUCAUCGCCAGCAAUGGAGGGGAUGAGGAAGAGCUGGAGUGGGUUCGGGCGUGCAGGUGCGGCGAAGAUAGGGGAUUCAGGAUCAAAGAGGAGGAACUGGAGGAUGCCGUGCAGAGUGGAGCGGGCAAUGAGGUCGUUGUGGGAUGUGUGGGCUGUAGUCUUUGGGUUCGAGUUGGGUUUGGGGUUGAAGAGGAUGGUGGAUGAGAUAUUGGAUCGGGACACCUACCCGCCUACUCACGAGCUCUCUGUCUGUGAUGUGUGCAGGUAAAUGAACCAUUCGUUCUAUACUGGGGGUUGACAGGAACCACGUCACUGAUAGGGGAAGUCUGCCUGC